GAUGCUUUCAGACUACUCCAUUGAUGAUUGAAUUAUCUGUAAUUAUCGUUAUAAAGAAAACAAAAGUGAAUCAAUAGUAUAUGAGAAAAAAUAUCUCACUGAGACAUACCACAAUUUUUUUUUAUUCGCAAAAAUGUCGCACCGAUUCAAUUCCAGAGGAAGACUAAAUUCCUUUGGACGAUUUAAUAGAGAAGAACAAAUGCAAUCAUCUGCAUCUGGUUAUGGAAGACCUUAUUCACAAAGGCCAAGACAUCCUCCUGGGCUUAAAGGAAAGGAAAUAGGAUUAUUUUAUAGAAAUUUAAAUAGAGAGAAAAAGAAGGAACAGCCAACUCUUAGAUUAUCACCACACAUAGAACAAAAAAUUAAAACUAUUUUAAAUAAUUCUAAGAGCUUUUACAGUUCCAUUUUUGACGAAAGGUGUAACUCUGAAUAUGAUGACAAGUACCAGCAUAUUCAUGAUUCUCAAUUUAAAAGAAAAUUUUUAGAAAUUAUAAAUGGUAAUAUAGAGCAUAAUCUUGUAAAGGCUAUAAGUAUGGAAGUAAAAUUGCAGAGAAAUAGCAAUAUGGACACAAUAUUAUUAAAUGAAUAUAAAGAUAAGCAAAUUCAAGAUAAUUAUUUGAAUAUGUUAAAAUUUCGACAAAAGUUACCAGUGUAUCAUAAGAAAUCAGAAAUAUUACAAUUGAUUAAAGAUAAUCAAGUUAUUGUCAUUAGCGGAGAAACUGGAUGUGGCAAAACUACACAAAUAGCACAAUUUAUAUUGGAUGAUCAAUUAGAAGCUGGAAAUGGUAGUAUUACUCGAAUAAUUUGCACACAGCCUAGGAGAAUUUCAGCUAUUUCUGUUGCGGAACGUGUAGCUGCAGAAAGAACAGAAAAACUUGGGAAAUCUGUAGGCUAUCAGAUACGACUUGAAAAAAUUCCAACGCGUGAACAAGGAAGUAUAUUAUUUUGCACAACUGGUAUAUUAUUACAAAUUAUGAAGACUGAUCCAGCAUUAAAAGAUUUCUCUCAUGUGAUAUUAGAUGAAAUUCAUGAACGUACCACAGAAAGUGAUUUCAUUAUUACAUUAUUAAAACAAGUUAUUCCAAAAAGAACGGAUUUAAAAAUUCUCUUGAUGAGUGCAACGUUAAAUUCUGAACGUUUUUCAAAAUAUUAUAAUGAAUGUCCAAUGAUACAUAUACCAGGAUUCACCUAUCCAGUUCAAGAAUUUUAUUUAGAAGAUGUUUUGUCACUUAUACAAUUUAGAUUCCCUGAAGCAGAAUCUACAGUUUACAGAAAAUAUGGAAAGGCACAAAGAGAAAGAUAUAAAGAGAAAGUACAUAAGAAAGAAGAUUUUUUUGAUAUAAUACAACCUUACAUUCAACAAUUAAGAGCUGAAGUGAAAUAUGCAGAACAUGUUUUGAGUGAAUUACGGAAUCCAAAUAGUGAAAAUCUUUCAUUAGAGCUUAUAGAAAAAUUAGUUAGGUAUAUCUGUAAUAAUAAACAGCCUGGAGCUAUUCUUAUUUUUCUACCUGGCAUGAUGGAUAUAUCACAAUUAAAUAAAAUGAUGUUAGAGUCUGGAUGUUAUCCACCUAAUAAGUACAUUAUUUACCCUCUUCAUUCACGCAUGCCGACAAUUGAUCAGAAACUUAUAUUUAAAGAACCUCCUGAUGAUAUUCGUAAAAUAAUCAUUGCAACUUCCAUUGCUGAGACAUCAAUAACUAUAGAAGAUGUAGUAUAUGUAAUAGAUUGUGGAAAAACAAAGCUUGGAAGAUUUGAUAUAGCACAUAACAUUCAAACUUUAAAUCCUGAAUGGGUAUCUUUAGCUAAUGCCAAACAAAGACGCGGUAGGGCCGGCAGGGUUAAAAGUGGAGAAUGUUAUCAUUUGUACAGUAAAGCUCGAGAAAUGACAUUUGAUCAAUAUCCAUUGCCAGAAAUGUUACGAACGCGCUUAGAAGAGGUGAUUUUGCAAAUAAAAAUGUUACAAUUAGGAAAAGCUAAAGAGUUCCUAGCUAGUAUCAUGGAUCCACCAGAUCUAAAAGCCAUCGAUCUGUCUCUAAAUUUACUUAGAACACUUAAUGCUCUAGAUGAAGAAGAGCAUUUAACUCCUUUGGGUUAUCAUUUGGCACACUUGCCACUUGAUCCUAGAACAGGAAAAAUGAUUCUCUGGGCGGCACUCUUCUCCUGCGUUGAACCAAUAUUUGCUAUUGCUGCUAGUCUCACAUUUAAAGAUGCUUUCUACUGCCCGUUGGGAAAAGAGGAAGAAGCUAAUAAAAAGAAGUUAGAACUCAGUAUGGGAGAAUAUAGUGAUCAUAUUGCUCUCGCGGAAGCUCUAAGAAGAUUCGAAGUUGCGCGCCGAAGAGGAAAUGCUGGCCAGUUUUGUCGAGAAUAUUUUCUCUCUUUCAAUACAUUGAAACUUCUCUCCGAAAUGAAAAUCCAAUUCGCACAAUAUUUAUAUGAAAUGAAAUUUCUGAAUAGUGAUAAUCCAGGCGAUAAAAACGCUAAUAGAAAUUCAAACAAUGUAGCGUUAAUAAAAACCAUUGUUUGUGCCGGAUUAUAUCCUAAUAUUGCUGUUAUAAGAAGAGCUAGUAAAAAUGGAAUAUUUAGCUGGACACCGGAAGAUGGAAGUGUACGUACGCAUCCGUCAAGCGUAAAUUGCAAAGCUUCUAACUUCCCUAGUCAGUAUUUAACAUAUUUUACGAAGCAACGUUCCACCGCUAUAUAUUUACAUGAUACUACUUGUAUCAGUAUUCCAAUUUUAUUGUUUACUGGACCGAAUAUAUCAAUAAAACGAGAAAAAGGAAAAUACAUAAUUAAUAAUUUUAACUUGUCUGAAAAUAUUAUUUGUGAAUCACAAACUGCGGAAGUGAUACAGGAACUUCAACACGCUCUAAAUUGCUUAUUGGAAUAUAAGAUUACACACCCAGCAACAGUACUUUGGUCAUCAUUUGAAGGACAAAUAUUAAACGCAAUCAUCGAAUUAAUAUCCCAGGAGGACCGAGAAAUGGGUUACAAUAAAGAAGAUAUAUAUUAUAGUUCUGAUUAAUAUUAUACUGAUUAAUAUUACUUACAGUUCUGGUUAAUAUUUAUAAUCAUUAAUUUAUUCAAGUAUCAAUUAUGCAGUGAUUUCCAUAUUGU